AUGACGUACUUCCCUUGCGGGCUACCUUCAAAAUGGAAGGUAGCCCGCAAGGGAAUGCUUCACGUCCCGAAAACGCUCCGAGAAACCGUUUACGAAACCGUCAACUCCUCAUGGAGGCCUUCCUGUGUCUCGAUUUCCCUCAAUGUAGACUCGUUUGGAUACUACUUCAUGUCCCUAAAACGCUCCGACAAACCGUUUACGAAACCGUCAACUCUUCGUGGAGGUAUGUCUACCUUCCUGUGUCUCGAUUUCCUUCAACGUAGACUCGUUUGGAUACUACCUUACGUCCCGAAAACGCUCCGACAAACCGUUUAUGAAUCUGUCAACUCUUCAUGGAGACUCAUUUGGACACUACUUCACAUCUUGAAAACACUCCAACAAACUGUUUAUGAAUCCAUUGACCCUUUGUGGAGGAACCUUUUCCCUUAA